AUGGGCAAAAGGAACAGAUCAAGUUUAUUACCAACUAAUCUUCCACAACUUCAAAAUCUUAUUAAACGUGAUUCAAUUUCUUAUCGUGAUGAUUUUUUACAACAAUAUCGACAUUAUGAAUCUCAAUUAGAUAUUUUUAAAAUAAAACCUGACGAAGAAACAGAGGAAUUUGGAAGAUGUGAUAAAUUACUUUUGUUUAAUCAGGUUGCGCAUUGUUUUCCAAACGAAACUUCAAAUUUUCCACAACAAAUAAUUAAUCUUUUAUCUGAAAAUUAUCAAAUAUUACAUCCUGAUCUACGAAAAACUAUGGUACAAUGUCUUGUUUUGCUUCGUAAUAAAGAUAUAAUCUCAACAUCGUCAAUAUUAUCAGCAAAAGUAUCAACAUCAUCAUCAACAAAAUCAAAAACGACAACAACAACAUCAGAACUUGGUGAGGAUGGUAUCACAGCAAAAAAAAGUUUAGAUAUUUGUAUCGAAUUAUAUAGAAAAGGAAUUUGGAAUGACAAUAAAACAGUAAAUGUUAUCGCUGAAGCAUGCUUUCAUUCAUUAACAAAAGUUAAAGUCACAGCCAUAAAAUUUUUUCUUGGAUCAAAUAAAGAAAAUCAAGAUGAUGACAGCGAUAAUAACGUUGAGGUAGAUUUACCAGAUAUUAAAAGACUUCAACACAUAAAUCAAAUUAAUAAAUCUAAAAAAUCUAAAACUAGAAAAUUAGAGAAAGCGCUUUCCACAAUUAGGAAAAAAGAAAGGCAGAAACAUAAAGCUGAAAACUUUAAUUUCUCUGCAAUAAAUCUAAUAAAUGAUCCUCAAGGAUUUGCAGAAAAGUUAUUUUCGUCAUUACAAAAAUCAUCAAAUAAUGAUAGAUUCGAAGUUAAAUUAAUGAUAAUGAAUCUUAUAUCUCGUAUAAUUGGUAUAAAUAAACUCAUUUUGUUAAAUUUCUAUAGUUAUUUGUUAAGAUAUUUACAACCACAUCAACGUGAUGUUACCAUGGUAUUGGUAAUAUUGGCUCAAGCUAGUCAUGAAUUAGUGCCACCUGAUGUUUUGGAACCUGUCAUUAAAGCUGUUGCUAAUAAAUUUGUAUCCGACAAUUGUUCUUCCGAAGUUAUUACUGCUGGCUUAAAUGGUAUAAGAGAAGUUUGUGUCAGGCAACCUUUAGCAAUGGAUUCAACAUUACUUCAAGAUUUAACAGAGUACAAGGGCGAUAGGGAUAAAGGAGUUAUGAUGGCUGCUAGAUCAUUGAUUGGUCUAUUUAGAGAAAUUAAUCCUGAAAUAUUGAAAAAAAGAGAUAGGGGCAAAAUUGCUAGUAUGUCCAUUAAAGGUUUUAAGCCGUUAAAAUAUGGUGAAUUGAAUAAUAAUACAUCUGGACAACAAAUUGAAGGGAUUGAAUUAUUAGAAGAGUACAAGGAAAAACUUAAAAAUGACGGGAUUGAAGAAGAUGACACCAAAGAAGAAACGGAUGAUAAACAUACUGAUGCAGUUAAUGAAAAGAAAAUUUCAACUUUGGCAACGACUAAGCUGUUAACUCCCGCUGAUUUUGCAAAAUUAAAUGAGUUAAGAAUGGAACAAAAUGUUGAAAAAAUGAUUGAUGGUGGUGGAAAACGUAAAAGAUCACAACUACAACAAUCUUCUAAAAGAGAAGAAACAGAUGAUAUAGUUGAUUUAAACAAUAUUGUUGGCCCACGUAAGAAAGCUAAACAAGAUUAUGAAGAGCGUGUGGAAUCUGUUAAAGCAGGACGUGAAGGUAGGAAAAAAUAUGGCGGUGGACCUAAAAAUAAAAAAGUUGAAGGUGCAAGCACCACAAAUAAAGAAAAGACUAGAAAUAAAGCUUUUAUGAUGGUUAUACAUAAGAAAAAUGCUAUUCAUAAAAAAAGAAUCACUCUAAGAGAAAAACAGAUGCAAUUAACUAGAUCUCAUGUAUUCAAAAGAAGUUAUUAUAAAGUAAAUGAAAAAAGAACAAGGAUAAAAGAUUCUUUUGUUGCAAAUGAAGUCAGAAAGCCUGAAAAUUAUUAUGCAAGAAAUAGUAGUACGGGUAGCGAAGGCGAAGAAUUUGAAGCAUUAAAUUCUCAACAACGCAGAGCCUUGAAAUGGAGACAAUUUUAUCAUGAUAAUUAUAUUAAAGUGAAUUUUGAUCUUUUAGAAAAUUUUCCUAAUUGGUUAUACGGGUUGAAAUUAUACAAAUAUUCUCAUUUAUUUGCAAAUAUGAAAUGGCAAGAAAUUAUUAAAUCAAAUGAUAUAGAAUUAAAAAAAUUGGGCGUUGAUUCAUUUUUAGCACGUAAGAGAUUAUUAAAAUCUUUUGAAUAUAUUAAAGAAUCUAUGGUAAUGACAGAUGAUAGAUUACAGAUGGAAAUAAAGUAA